AUGGGAUCAAUCGCCGAUCCCGGCGAGUUGACUCAGCCGAGCUUCGACGAGUUCCAGAGACAAACCUCUCUCAUGACCAGCUGUACUCUUCUCUGGAAGGAACUCUCCGACCACUUCACUUCUCUAGAACAAGACCUCCAGAAGAAGUUCAAAGCCGUCAAAGCCAAGCUUGAAACCCUAGACACUGAAACCAAACACUCCCUCCUAGUCCUUGAGAAUCGCGAGACCACCAUCAACAAUUCCAUCGAAAUCGCCCUCGGAAAAGUCAAAGGAAACAAAGAAAUCGCCAUCAAUUCGCAGAACGACACCGUUCCGGAACCCGAGGUUGACGAUUCCGAUGGCUUGCUAAUGAAAUUGAAGUCGUUCUGUGUGAAAAUGGAUUCUCUAGGGUUUUGGAAAUUUGUGGUUGUUCGGAAGAAGGAAUUGGAUAUAAUGAGAACGAAAAUGCCUGUGGCGCUUGGGGAUUGUGUGGAUCCGGCGAGGUUUGUGUUGGAGGCUAUCUCGGAGGUGUUUCCGGUGGAUAAGAGGGAGGUGAAGAUCAAGAGAGUGAAUGAUUUGGGGUGGGCUUGUGUGUUGUUGUUGGAGUCGUUGAUUCCGGUGAUGGUGGAUCCGAUACUGGGGAGUGAGAGGAUGUUGGUGACGCCGAGCGUGAAGGAAAGGGCUAAGGAGAUUGCUGAGACAUGGAAGAAGAGCUUGGAGGAAAUGGGAGGGAUUGAGAAUGUGAAGACGCCGGAUGUUCAUACGUUUCUGCAACACUUGGUCACCUUUGGGAUUGUUAAGAAAGAGGAUGUGGAGUUGUACAGGAAGCUUGUUGUUGGAUCAGCUUGGAGGAAACAAAUGCCCAAGCUUGCGGUUUCUCUGGGUUUGGGUGAUAAAAUGCCUGAUAUGAUUGAAGAAUUAAUAAGCAGGGGACAGCAGGUUGAUGCUGUGCAUUUUACUUAUGAAGUUGGCCUUGUGAAGAAGUUCCCCUCCGUCCCCCUGCUGAAAGCUUUUCUGAAGGAUGCGAAAAAGGCCGCAACUUCUAUUUUGGAGGAUCCCAACAAUUCUGGCCGUGCUGCGCACCUAGCCGCAAAGAAAGAGCAGUCAGCACUUCGGGCUGUUAUCAAGUGCAUUGAAGAGUACAAACUUGAGGCUGAGUUCCCCCCAGAAAACCUGAAGAAGCGCUGUGAACAAUUAGAGAAGGUCAAGAAUGAGAAGAAAAGACCUGCUGCAGUCCCUGCCAGUAAACGAACACGAGCCAACAAUGGUGGCCCCAUGCCUCCCGCCAAGGCUGGUCGCUCGACAAAUGCUUAUGUCUCAUCUUUCCCUGCAGCACCUACAUUCGUCAGGUCGCCCUCGCACACUCAAUACCCUACUGGGAUUCCACCAUAUGCAACACCACCUGCAAUGUAUGGCCAUGGCAGCAGGAGCCCACCAUCUAAUCCCUAUGUUUAUUCUCCAGAAGCAGCCCCUCCUGUCACUGCUGGAUCAUUUCUGGGAGCUCCAAUGAACUAUCCUGCAUAUGGAGGGUAUGGCAAUUACAUGGCACCAGCUUAUCAGCAAGCUUACUACAGAUAGAUGACUGGUCCUUGACAAUGGUAACAACUGAUAUGAUGACCCCAAUCUGAAAUAUUUUCUAAAUGUUUUGUAAUCACUAACCUUUUAAUGGUAGCAAUAUGUGUGUGUGUUAAUCCUUAAUUCUGAUCCUUGCCCUGCUUCUUGCUUCGUCAAGAACAGGUUGUAUUUCUGAUGUUGAUUAAACUUGUAGUACUAGGUGAUUGUGAAAUGUAGUUAAGGAAGUUACUGAACAAACAACUCUGUAGAAAUGGUAAUGCCAUGUUGUAGGAAAGCUGUUUUACUGCUGAUUUGUUGUUUUCCAUCUAUUUUGGAUCACAAAAUUGGGUUCUAGUCGAGAUUGAGGAUGCCAUCUCUGUUACCAG